ACUGUGGGCGGACUGUGGGCGGACUGACCCGCAGCACUGACCGCGGGAAGGGAAAACUGUCAAUGUCACAGGAUCCUGGAUCAGCUGCUCGUCUGUUCGAUCCCCGCUCCAGAACCUCCACUGACCCACAGGAGCAUCGCACCGUCUCCUGAGGACUGAAGUCGCAGCAGCUUCACGUCAUCUUCAGGCAGCAUGAACUCUCUCCCAGGCAGAGCAGCGCUGUCUCUGUGCAGGCGCACGGCCGCGGGCGGGCUGAGGGUCCUCGCCGGUUCCCCGGGUCCCCCCGCUGGGAGCCUGCCGGCCUGUGUCCAGGCUGUGCGGGUCUGCCACUCCGGGAAGACCCGCAAGGGCAGCAUCAGCACCAAGAAGCGAGGCUACGACAUCACCAGAAACCCACACCUCAACAAGGGCAUGGCGUUCACCCUGGAAGAGCGCCUACAACUGGGCAUCCACGGCCUGCUGCCCCCCUGCUUCCUCUCCCAGGACGUGCAGGUCCUGCGGGUCAUGAAGAGCUACGAGACGCGCUCCAACCCUCUGGACAAGUACAUCCUGUUGAUGACGCUACAGGACAGAAACGAGAAGCUGUUCUACCGUUUGUUGACCUCUUACAUCGAGGAGUUCAUGCCCAUCGUGUACACGCCCACCGUCGGUCUGGCAUGUCAGCAGUACGGACUCGCCUUCAGGAGACCACGAGGACUCUUCAUCACCAUCCACGACAAAGGACACGUCGCCUCCGUGCUCAACUCCUGGCCAGAAGAAGACAUAAAGGCCGUCGUUGUGACUGAUGGGGAGCGUAUCCUCGGGCUUGGUGACCUUGGAUGCUACGGGAUGGGGAUUCCUGUCGGGAAACUGGCGCUCUACACGGCGUGUGGCGGUGUUCGGCCACAUAAUUGUCUCCCGGUCCUGCUGGACGUCGGCACUGACAACCAGACGCUGCUCGAUGACCCACUGUACAUCGGACUGAAGCACAAGAGGAUCAGAGGAAAGGAAUAUGACGACCUGGUCGAUGAGUUCAUGCAGGCGGUGACAGACAAGUACGGGAUGGACUGUCUUAUUCAGUUUGAGGAUUUCGCCAACAGCAACGCCUUUCGCAUCCUCAACAAAUACAGGCAUCGAUACUGCACCUUCAACGACGACAUCCAAGGCACGGCGUCAGUAGCUGUUGCUGGGGUCUUCGCUGCUCUGAAGCUCACCAAAAACAAACUGUUAGACCACACCUUUGUUUUCCAAGGAGCAGGCGAGGCGGCUCUGGGAAUCGCUCACCUGCUCAUCAUGGCCAUGGCCAAAGAGGGAGUAUCCAAAGAGGAAGCUGCCAAGAGGAUCUGGAUGGUCGACUCCAAAGGUCUCAUUGUGAAGGGAAGAGGUCAUAUAAACCACGAGAAGGAGGAGUUUGCCCAUGACCACCCGCACCUGAAGACCCUGGAGGAGGUCGUGGAAACCAUCAAACCCACCGCCAUCAUAGGCGUGGCUGCUAUCGGAGGAGCCUUUACUGAGAAGAUCAUCAAAAACAUGGCGUCCUACAAUGAGAGGCCCAUCAUCUUCGCCCUGAGUAACCCCACCAGCAAGGCGGAGUGCACGGCGGAGCAGUGCUACACGCUCACAGAGGGUCGUGGCAUCUUCGCCAGUGGAAGUCCGUUUGACAAGGUGACGCUGGCUGAUGGACGCACCUUCUACCCCGGGCAAGGAAACAACGCAUAUGUCUUUCCUGGAGUCGCUUUGGGUGUUAUAGCCUGCAGGGUCCGCCACAUAUCUGACGACAUCUUCCUCACCACAGCAGAGGCGAUAGCUGGCAUGGUAACAGAGGAGCACCUGGCUGAGGGACGACUUUAUCCUCCUCUGAGCACCAUCAGAGAGGUGUCCUUCAAGAUAGCAGUUAAGAUUGUCAACCAUGCGUACAAACACAACAUUGCUUCGGUGUACCCCGAGCCUAAAGACAAGGAGGCGUUUGUGCUGUCUCACAUCUACAGUCCUGAUUACGACUCCUUCACUCUGGACACGUACGGCUGGCCACAGGAGGCCAUGGAAGUCCAGGAUGUGUGAUCAGUUGGUCUCUCAACUCAACACUCUGCCGUGGCAUCACGCACAAGUUCUGCAUUGCCUCCAUACUCCUCUUACUUAGCGCUCAUUAUCUAGCUGCCCAUCAAACACUGCUACAUGCUGUAUAUAGUUAUUCUCUAUGACCCCGUUCAAACCUGGUAUUAAAUUAACAUUUGUCCUGAGUGAUCCGAUCACAAGUGGUCGGCUCUAAGCACGAGUGUGAACGCUCCCUAAUGUGUCGUGAGAUCUCACAUUCGGAUGUGGUCUGAGAUGCAUGUGGCCUCAUUCUCUUUGCUGUGUGAAUGCAAAUCUGUCCUGGAUCACAUGAAGGGCCAGCAGCUGCUCAGCUGACGUCUCUGACCUGCUGCACUUUAACAAUGAGUUAAACAUAUUUUUGCGCCUCUCGGUGACCAUGUUGAUUUGUUUGUGGCCCCAGCAUCAACGCCGAUCAGCACAUACUGACAGAUGCUUCUCUUAAAUCGGUCGAAUCUUUGGUCACAGUAGAUCUGCAGCUCAUUGUGUUCAGUCAUUGCUCGCUCCCUCUGAUUCAUGUCGACACACACCAACACACACACGCAAAUCAUUUGACCCUCACGAACAUAAAUGACGUACAUGUUUUUUUUGCAUAUAAGCAUGUUAGUAAGAUCAGUCACAAGUGCUCACAGCAAACAGAUUCAGGACUUAUUUUAAUUUCCUGUGUGAACAAAGGAGCUUCACGCUAACCUCAGGAGGGAUGCUGAUACCAGGUCUGAACGGAAACUUUCGUGUCACGUUUCCUGUGCUGUGCUGGUCAUUUCUUUCAAAUCAAAGAAAAACCUUUGAUAUAUCAAACAUCCUGAAGCAUGUCAUCUAUAACUCUAUGAUUGAAACUGCUCCUCCGUCAUUAGAUUCUCCAGCUGAGAUGUUGUACCGCAGUAUUUAAACGCAUGUGCAGUAAAUUAUCUGUUUCUGAACGAAGCAGCGGAGCUGGUGCACGAGAAACAUUCUUGUCCCGACACGGAUGAUGAGAACUCGUUCUGAAGCUUAGUGUGAAAUAAAUCAGACCGACAGAAACUCUAGGGUCCGCUUACUGUGUGACCUCAGGACAUCGCUGCUCCACAUUAUGAGUUAAAGCCUGUGUCGUCCCUUCAGCUGUUUCCUCAUAUUUCACACUCCAGUCAGUGUGUGCACGUGUGUUAACCAGCACACACUGAAAAACACUCCAGCGUCAUCCUGUGUUUCUGUUUCUCUGUGAUCAUCUGUUGUUUGUUUUCUUCAGUAUGUUCAGAGGAGGCUUUGCCAGCGACUGAGUGUGACCGUCAGGAUGUUUCUUUUGCAGUAGUGUGUUUUCCUCCAGUUUUGUACGGAGCUCUGCCUGUUGUGUUUUUGCCAAAGUUACAGAUGAGAUGGAUCUUAUCUUAUUUUACUCUUAGAGAAUAUGAUGCUCAGCGUGCUUUAGUACUGCGAGACAAGCUUGACGUUUUUUAAAGGGGAAAUUAAACUUUUUCAAUAAAAUUGUUAUCACAAUA